AUGGACCAGUCUAUCGACAGAAGCCGUGUCUAUUACCCUUCAGAACCGGCCGGUUCUCCGCGCGGCUUGUGCUCCGGAGAAAGAAUCUGUCGCAAUUGCCGUGCUAGGGGACAGGACUGUAUUUACAUACCUCAGUGUCGACGGGGACGGAAACAGGGGACGAAAUGCGGCCCUGCAACCCGGAGCGGCAAGAAGCAAGAGUCAAUAGAAGAAAAUGCACGACGACAAUCGAGCAGCCCACCCUGCAAUGACAUUACCUUUCUUUUCCGCAAACCCCCCUUGCCCAGUACCGCACACAGCUGCCAGUCAUCCCCAGACUGGGAUGAUGGGACCGACGCAUACGAUGUCGAGGAAGCCCGUCCCAGAAGUGUUUCAAUCUCGUCUCAGCUUUUGAGUAUCCGCGAGCUGGUGCAUCCGAAAAACAGGGGACAAUUAAGCCCUACCUUCAUACGAAGCGCUCUCCAGGACCGUACAUUUGCGGUCGAACUUCCUCGUCCAACAAGAUUAAAUGUACUACUAGAUGUUUACUUUCGCGAUCUGGGUUCUUUCUUUCCAUUUACUGAACGUGACGGGACCCAGGCACGGAUCCAGGCAACGCUGCGCCGCCUGGGACACGCAGAUAACCAGCAUAUCAUUGACGUAAGGUCCGCGGACUGUUCCGCCGUUGCCCUACUCUGCAACAUGCUUGCGCUAAUCCAGCACUGCUCGUCGAUGAAGCACAUCGAUAUCCACAUCAUUCAGUAUCACGCCCUUAGUUCUGAGUAUCUUAUGCAAUCUGAACUACUCCACGAUGCGUCGCAGGCUGUCUCCACCGCAACUCAGCUCGCGAUGCGGGCCCGGCUCAAUGAAGAGGGAGCCUGGGAGGUUUCGGACGAACAGGACGUGCGCAACCGAAAGGAGUUAUGGUGGAUGAUAUAUUUUCUCGAUCGCAAAAUAUCCCAACGAACAGGCAGCCCGUAUCUCAUUCACGACACCGAGGUCGCGGUGUCGGAUUUUUCGCUGUCCUCGACUGCCGGAACCGAUCGAUAUAUGCAGGCGCUGGUAGACUUGGGCAAACUAUGGUCUCUAAUUUGGGAUACCUUCUUUGCUGCUGCCGCUUCAAAGCCUAUGGACUGGAAGGAAAUUGAGGUUAUGGACACCCGCAUUUUGGUGGUCCAGCGAGAUCUUCCGAGCGUACUGGCCUGGGAAACAGAUCUCCUGGAUCAAGUGUACUUGGCUGAACGAGAGCCAGAGCCACUUAGACUGAACCUCUUACGCCUGAUCAUUCGACAGAACCCGAUCCAGACGCGUCAGGGUACCAAAUGCCACAGUCUUUGUGUCUCGCUUGCCGCUCAGACGGUGGAUGCCAUUGCUGCCUUCACUGAGAGAUGUCCUAGUAUUAUCCCCUGUGGCUUUUUCUUUAGUACCGCGUUGCUGGAAUGUAUCUAUCACCUUAUCCUAGCCACGCGGGCGACACCGAGCGAGGAGCAACGCAGAACCAGCAUCAGGCCGUUCCAGCUCGCCUACCAACUUCUCGACGCAAAUUUGGAACCAAAACCAGACAACGAUCACACGAAAAACCUAAGCCUGCAGACUACCGCAUCCAUAGACACCUUUGAUCCUCUGUCUUGGCAAAUUGAUGACAUUCCUUUGGACGUGGUCGCCUUGGUCUCUUCAAUGGGGAACCAAGGUGCUGAUGAUGCAGUCGCAAGUAGUCUAUCUGAAAGAUUCUUGGAUCCUGGACUGUGUAUUUGGAAUACCGAUGGCGGCGUUGAUUCUAGUGCUAGCAACGUAUGA